CUGGUUUGCUCAACGGCUGAGGUGGGAGUAUAAAUAGAUGCCACCGGAACAUUUCCAUGAUUACUCUACCAGUGCUUUUCAUUCUUACUCUACUGUCCUACUGUGACCUUGUGUCUGGACUUGAUUGAUUUUUCCUGCUGCCGUUCGCGGAACAAACGAUCUACAGAGUACUACUACUACGACAUCAUCGGCGUUACGUCAUACAACAUACUCUGAGUAUCUCAAUAAAGUCUAGGCUUCCGUCAAAAUGGUUCAUCCGUCCUCAACCUGCUGCAAGACCUCCGGAGACGGAAUGUGCGCCUGCGCUGCGCAAGCCAAAUGCUCCUGCGGCAAAGAGAGUGCUCUCCACUGUACCUGCAACAAGGCUUCCACCGAGAAUGCGACUUCCGGAGCUCGAUGCUCGUGCAGAUCUCGCCCCGCGGGACAAUGUACGUGCGAGCGCGCCGUGACUGAGAACCACCCCGUCACGGGCGCAACCUGCCCCUGUGGAAAGAGAGGCGCCGAGUCCUGCACCUGUGAGAAGGUCAGCGCGGUGGAAUCGGCGGCCGAGCAUAUCGAGACCGAUUUCACUAGCCAUAGUGCCCAUCAUACUCACCAUCUUCACCAUGGACACAAAUAGAGUGGGGUGAGGAUGUCUGCUUGGACAGGGGUUGUUGUUAGGGUCCCUGGGUUAUGGCGUUCAGUGGAGUUCUCGAAGGGAUGGGCUUUUCUUUUUCUAUGAUUUAUGUGCUGGAUUUGGCUGGGUUUCACUGAAUACUCGGGGAUAAGCUAAAUGCAGGAUGCAUGCACAUGUGAUGUAUCAGGGUGGGAUCAUGGGAAUGAUUCAAAUCAGAUGUCGAUUUUGAGCUGUCAUUAUUCUUUCAAUUGAUAACGUUGUAGAUUGAAUAUAAAAUAGGGAACAAG